AUGUCUGUUGCAGCUUCUCCACCGGCAGAGGUGCUCUUGGUCGUCAUCGAGCACCUCUUCUCCACUAAAGACCUCUUGUGCGCUGCUCUCGUCAACCGUUCCUGGCGCGCCGCAUGCCUCAGUUCGAAAUCCCUUUGGCACCGUCACUGGCGCAUCCUGAAACACAGCGAUACUCAUCGCCGUCGCAUUCUCGCCAAGCCUGGUGAUGAGGUUGACUGGCAUGCUGAGACCUUUGCUGGCGUUCGCAGAGAGACUGCCUGGCAGACCGGCAAAGUCACGUCUCGUGUGAUUCAGCUGCCUUCCAACUUCAAGUCGCUGGCCAGUGUGGAUGACCAGACCGCUGUAAUUGUCCUGGAUUGCCCUCGCGAACCUGUUGAGGGCAAAACCUACCUUCGAAUUGUCAAGGCGUACCGCAUCGUGGACAAGGACACUUUCGAGACGAUCCAUGAGCUUCCCCGCAUUCCAGGGAGCUGGUGCAGUCCCACCAACGUGAAUGGCCUCGGACAUGUCUUCAACAUCACUGACUAUCCCCUCAACUUCUACUAUAUCCCCGAAGACGCCUACAAAUGGCUAGGAGGUCCACCGACGGGCGCUCGUGGCAAGCGCGACUGGCCCCAACUUCCUGGCUUCGUUUUCAUCGGCGGCCAGGAGAUCAAGUCUGAAGGUAGCGUCUACCUCUAUGUUGACAACGCGGGGUCUUCCCAACCCCAGCUCUCCAUUCACGAGCAGGACACCGACAACUUGAGCUGGGUCAGGUGGGGUGCCUGGAGGGGCAAACGCCGCAUGAUGAGUGGGGGAAACGAGGACUACAUGGAUCAUCUUCUCACCGAUGAGAACGUCCUCGUCAGCUCAAUCGAUGCCACUAUCCUCAUCCGCGAGCGCGACGGCGGCAAGGCUCUCGACUGCCGUGCGCUGUCCGGACACACUGCCCAUUAUCGUUUCCGCUGCCCCCCGCACUCGGACUUGCACAUCGGUGCUGAUGACCUCGUACGUGGCAUCAAGCAGUUUAUUCCCUCUUCUACAAUUGUGACAGCUACCCCGUCGAGGCCAGUCCCCGGUAAGGUUCGCCAGCUUCUCGUCGCAGACUCCGAAGUCGAGGUUGCCGGCAAACAUCUGUUCUGCGAAGUGGGCGCCGGGCUUGUGGUCUUCCCAGACUAUGCCGCACCCUUCGCUGGGCGCCCCAAGAUUGCUCCUCUCAUUAUAGAGCUGGAGCACACUGGUGUCAGCUUUGAGAUCUGCGACCACCACCUGGUGUUCCUCACCCUCGGGGCUUUCUACGUUCUCGAUAUCAGCCAGUUUGACGACCCCAAGCCGCCUUCGCAACUCAAGGCCGUGAAGAUCAGCCGUUACGGGGUUAUUGCGUCUCGACGUUACGGACACCGUGUCAACGACACAGACAAGGGUGCUACUGCUUGUGUCACUGUCACCGCUGGUGCCAUCUAUGAGACUCUGAAGAUUGACCAUCACUGGUGGGCCCAGGGAGAGGAGGGCAAGAAACCCAGUGAGGGCGAGCCGCUGCCUGUUGAGCACUUAGGCUGUCUGUAUCUCCGCAUCAUUGGUUGUGUCUAG